AGAAGCCGGCUAAGCCUGCUGUCCAUUAAGACUAAGAAAAGUCAGCCCCACCAAAUGAUAAAACCAAAUGUCCAAAAUUUAAUCAAAAUCAAAUUUUUUUAAUCUUUUUUUUUUUUUUCAAUUCUGAUAUAAAUUUCAAAAGGGGUUAAUUUAUCCUUUCAAACUUUGGAAUCUGCAACUGCCCAUCUGACCCAUCUUUCCAUUUCUCUCCCUUUGCAAUUAUUUUUUGUUUUUCUUUCCCCCCUUUCUCAAACAGAAGAAAUGGAGUUUUUGGAAGCUAAAGCUUUGAAAUCAAGUUUCCAUUGGGAAUUAGCCAUGAAAUCUGCCCAACAAGAUGCUUUGGUCGAGGAAGUUUGGUGUUUGAACGGUGCUAAUCUUGUUUCCGGUGAGGAUUUUGAGAUCGAAGAGUUCUUAAACUUCUCUAAUGGCGAUUUAGAACAUGGGUCUUCUUUGAGACCUCAAGAAGAUGAUGAUUGUGAAGAGUUUGAGAAGAAUCGGUUCUCUCUUUCGUCUAAUUCGAACCAGACCGGUGGGUCUCCGGUCGUCGGAGAUGAGGAUUCUAAGUCGCUUCUUGCUGUUGAACUUGCUUUUCCGGGCGAUUCUCUGACGGACCUUGAAUGGGUUUCUCAAUUUGUCGACGAUUCUUCCUCGGAAUUUUCCUGUCCCGCCGUGGCUUUCAACCGCUCCGAACCGGAGAAGAAACUCACCGGAACGGUUAUUUCGUGUUUGCCGACGUUUUUUCCGGUCAGACCGAGGACAAAAAGGUCUAGACAAUCUCGUCAAGCGAAAUCCGCAGGUUCUUCUCUCAACCAAUCGCCGUCGUCGUCCUCCUCCUCGACCUCCUCCGGUGUUUCCUCCGCCGCACCUUGGUUUAUAUUCUCCGACGCCGGUGAGAACGUGGACUUUUUAAACGUGACCGGUGAGCCUCCGAAGAAGCAGAGGAAAAAGCCAUCGUCGCCGUCGCCUUCGUCAACGGGUCUUCUACCCACCGGUUCGACUGGUCAAAUUCCGCGGCGUUGCAGCCAUUGUCUAGUUCAAAAGACCCCACAGUGGCGGACCGGUCCAAACGGAGCCAAAACGCUUUGUAACGCUUGUGGUGUCCGGUACAAAUCCGGUCGGCUCUUCCCGGAAUAUAGACCGGCGUUGAGUCCAACUUUUUGCAGCGGCGUUCACUCAAACAGUCAUCGUAAAGUACUUGAAAUGAGGAAGACGAAGGAAGUUUCACAACCGGCGACCGAGUUGGCCCCAAUGGUCCCGAGUUACUAAACCAACCGACUGAACCGGGUUCAGUUGGACCGGGUAGAUGAUGAUGAUUAAGGAGAAAAAAGACCAAAAGGGCAGAUUUUUGUUGUGACGCUAAAAAGGAAUCCAUUUGUAUUUGUAGGGUUAGGCGAGGAAUUAGAUUAGGGCAUUUAAUUUUAGUGUAGUAUUUUUGUGAAAUCAAUUUCAUUAAUUUAGGUUGGAUUAGAUAUGCUUAGGUAGGAGAAAGAAGAAGAUUUUUGUAUUUUUGUAUUACUUUAGCUAGAUUACGAAUAUAAAAUACUCUAUUUCUAUUUCUCA